CUCCCAAUGGCCGCAGAUGUGUCCAUGGAGAAUGGCGCAUCCGUGAGCCCCGCGCCUAAUGCCGAAGACAAGCCUGCGACGCCGAAUGUCCUCGAGGUCGUGUUUGGCUCUCUGCUGAUCAAGCCAUGGUACCCGUCCUUCUACUCGGAAGAGCUUGUCGGCCGUAAGGUGGAGCGCCUCUACGUGUGCCAAUGGUGCUUCAAGUACACCAAGGAGCUUCCGGGCUUCAUCAAGCAUCUUAGAGCCUGUCCAUUGCGCAGCAGCGAGCCUCCAGGCAACCACGUCUACACGUCCAAUGGCUAUUCACUCUACGAGAUCGAUGGCGAGAAGAACAAGCUCUACGCGCAGAACCUCUGUCUUUUUGCCAAGCUCUUCCUCGACACAAAGUCUGUUUUCUACGAUGUCACGACCUUCUUCUACUACCUGCUCGUCGCGCACAAUCCCGCGCCAGGCAUACCGAACACGCAUCUUGAUGUCGACGCGCCGAUGGCCCAGAAUCAGGUCGUGGGCUUCUUCAGCAAGGAGAAGAUGAGCUGGGAUAACAAUAAUCUAGCGUGCAUCCUGGUGUUUCCGCCGUGGCAGAAACAGGGCCUGGGGCAAAUACUGAUGGGUGCGAGUUAUGAGAUGAGCAAGCGGGAAGGGAGGAUGGGUGGGCCUGAGAAGCCUCUCUCUGACCUUGGUCGCCUAGCCUACGUGCACUACUGGUCGCAAGCUCUUGCGCGGACCAUACUGUCCUGUCCAUCGAAGAAGAUGUUGACCGUUCAGGAUCUCGGGCAGAAGACCUUCAUCGUACCAGACGACAUCAUAGCAACAUUGCAAGCCAUGGAUGUGCUCGAGCAUAAGAAGAGAGGGGGUGCGGAAGCGGUGAUUAACAAGGCAAAGAUCAGAGCCUGGGUAGAAAAGCACAAGGUGAACCUGUCAAGUCCCGUCGAUUCGGAGGCUUUUGUCUUACGCGACAGGAGCAGAAGUGAGAGCGAAGAGUAGAUGGCAUGAGUGUGAGACAUACUAGGUUCAGGCGUUCAGUAGACAUGUGUGAUCGCGUAGGACUUCUGGCACAGUGAAGCAUCUUGUUUGGAACUGAAACUCGAGACUGGUAUAUCUAAACAUGAACAAACUCCAAACGCCAGAAGCGCGCGUCUGCUUCAAUAAUGCGCGUCAUCAAGGCAUCCCCUCGUUCACAUCGCACUAUUCAACCAGCACCAUAAUACUCGACUCGACCCCAGCAUCGGUAUUCUACGCAGCCACUCGCUGAGCAUUGCGACCAGCCCUUGUAGG